CUCUGAUAUCAAUCAAUUGACGCACUCGCUCGAAUUCCACCAUCGUUGGGCUUUCAGUCAGACUUUAGUCUUGCUCUUUAAGCCGUCGCCAGAGAUGCAGGCUUUCAAAACCUGCGCUCCUCGGGCGCUACGAUCUGCGACUACCUCUACGUCAAGAAGCUAUGCUACAGUCUCUUCCAGUUCAGCUUAUAGCCAGACGCGGAAUAACUUGAGAAUCAACGCCGACACCAAAGUCCUCUUUCAAGGCUUCACAGGGAAGCAGGGCACGUUUCAUGCUCAGCAGGCAAUUGAGUACGGAACCAAGGUUGUGGGUGGAACGAAUCCGAAAAAGGCCGGUACCCAGCAUCUUGGUCUACCCGUUUUCAAGAAUGUUUCCGAGGGAGUAAAGGAGACCGGAGCUACUGCAAGCGUCAUAUUCGUACCGCCUCCGGUAGCAGCAGCUGGUAUAAUGGAAGCCCUUGAAGCUGAGAUCCCGCUGGUCGUUUGCAUUACUGAAGGGAUUCCUCAACAUGACAUGCUCAAAGUCACCGACGCGCUAAAAACCCAAAGCAAAACACGUUUGGUCGGCCCCAACUGCCCUGGAAUCAUCGCGCCCGGCCAAUGCAAGAUCGGCAUCAUGCCAGGAUUCAUCCACAAACGAGGAAGAGUUGGAAUCGUCUCAAGGUCAGGAACAUUGACAUACGAAGCAGUCAAUCAAACAACCCAAGCAGGUCUUGGACAAUCUUUGGUCGUGGGUAUUGGUGGUGACCCAUUCAGCGGCACCAAUUUUAUUGACUGCCUGACUGUUUUCAUGGAAGAUGACGAGACAGAGGGAAUCAUCAUGAUUGGCGAGAUUGGAGGCAGCGCCGAGGAAGACGCUGCAGAGUUCCUGAAGAGCGAGAACAAGAAGAACAAGCCCGCAGUCAGCUUUAUCGCCGGUAUCAGUGCCCCUCCAGGGCGCCGAAUGGGACAUGCUGGCGCAAUUGUCAGUGGAGGAAAGGGUGGUGCCGAGUCGAAGAUCUCGGCAUUGGAAGCAGCAGGAGUGGUUGUGGAGCGAAGCCCGGCCAUGUUGGGCAAGUCGUUGCAUGCACAGUUCGUCAACCGGGAUCUGGUUUGAUUGAGAGGCGUUCAGAUUAGGUGAGGUUGGGAGGAGAGACUGAGUCUUCCAGGGAUACGUGCAUGUAUUUUUGAUACCGCAAACAAAGCGCAUGUGAUAACACUCUACAUGGUCGCUUGCCCCAUAGGCCUUCAACGAUCAGCUCCUGUGUAGGAGCUUUCCUAUUCAUUGAGGCAUGUAUCCCAGCAUGAUACUUCCAAUUUUACGCCGUCCGUAUGCUCACUUCCUCGCGCAGAUUGAUCCCUUCAUUCCAUAGAAUCUGUCACAAUCAUAGUGAUAUAGCGCCCCGCCGACUCGCUCGAACAUGCAGCCAAGCUUGAAAACCGCAAAACACCAAGAAUCCCUGCCCUUCCUGUCAGUAUCAAACUCAUAAAUAGCUGUCCAGCAGAUGGAGACUCACAGC